AUAGGGCAUGUAUCAUAUUGGGGGUUAGGGUUGUUACGCUCGCACUGGUCCAGUGCCCACCUGCUGGGAGGUUAAACACGUCGCGUUGCAUUGCGUGUCGUGUUGAUCUCUUCCCUCUUCAACACUCCUCUCUCUGGCCUUGCAUCGCGCCUACUGUGCAUCGAGACUUUGGAGACCAUCUGGGCUCGAACGAGGGGAGGAGAGAGAUACUUACGCUCGAGUAUCGUGCGCAAAUCAAGGUAACUAGGUCCACCAAAAUGUCCACAUCCAAGCGCCCAACAACGCCGAUCCGACGCGUUUCGCGCGGAUCCAUUUCGGCGCUCGCCUCGUCGCACCCAUCGUCGGGUAACCCGUCUGCCACGCCACUCUCGCAUCUGGAAACGGCCAUGCGGGACAUUGCGGACGACGUAGCGACGCUGCAUCUGAAUCUAGAGCAGAUUCAGUCAAUUUACGAGGCGCUCGGUGUGUUCAAUGAGAACUUUUCCAUGUACCUCUACGGGUUGAAGAUGAACGCUUUUUGUGUGGAAUGGCCCGAGAGACCAACCGAAGAGAACUUUGAGCGCGCGAACGAGCGGCAAGUCGUCCAACGCCAGCAAUCCGCCUAUCAACAAUCUUUGUAUGCCAAUCCAUCGAUCGGCGUCAACUUGAAUACCGGGCGCCCCUCUCUUGGCGCCUUUUCGGACCAAGGCGGGGCGGCGGGCAGCCUGGCAGAUCAGACGUAUAUGACUGUCGAGGACAGCACUGCGGUCGAUGCGACGCCCCCGCGAGUUGCAGCAGGCAGCUCCCGUGGUAGGGGCGGUAUUUCAGCUGCUGGAACAUCGAGGGCAGGUGCAGGUGCCAGGACGACGACACAGCAGCAGCCCCUCAAGAGCGCACUCAAGAAGUCUUCGACAACGUCGACAGGGGUGUCCGCUGCGGGUGCGGGGGCAACUGCGAAAAAGAUAUCUCCGGCGGUAAAAAGGCGGCGCGAGGAGUACGCACAUACAAUCAUCAACACUCUGCCCCUGGAAUGGAGGGGGAGCGACCAGAAACUGCAAAAAAUUGCGGAGAGCGUCAUCGUGACGCUGAUCGACGCCAAGGACAAGGGCAUGCGAUUACCGGAGAUUGUCGCAAACACCAAGCUGCCCCAAGUACAAGUCAACAAGUGCCUCAACGCUCUGGCGCUCGCCAAGCAUGUCUCAAAGACGCAAAGCGGCGGCGUGAUUUACGCGCUGGACCCGAACCGACAUGCCGGACUGCCGUGACAGUGUUUCUAUAUCUCUAUCCCCUGCGUUUCCCUUUGGUGCAUGUAGUUCCCUCCGCAACGUGUGCAAUUUAUACUCGCA